UGUGCAGUCCUCAUUCUGCGCUUUCCACAGUAUGGCCGGUGAUAUUAGCUAGCAGUCGCUCUACAGUAUUCUCUGUAAAAGGGAAGACGGUAAAACCAAGAAAUUACACCUGGAUUGCUAAAGGACUGUACUUAAUAAAUUAUAACGAUCAAGCAAGGACAAGCUAAUUAAGUUGAAAACGUAACCUACAUUUAAUUUCUGUUAUUGGUGUCUGCUGUGCCACGAUGGAAGAGAACGGUGCACACUUCUUCGAGGGAACCGAGAAGCUGUUGGAGGUGUGGUUCUCCCGGCAAGAUGAGAAUAAAGGAACAGGGGACCUCCGUACCAUCCCAAGGUUUGAGUGGGACAAACUUCUGGAGAAUGUGCACUGUUUGAUCAUAAGUGUGACGAAGACCGACAAGCAGGAAGCUUAUAUACUCAGUGAGAGUAGCAUGUUUGUCUCCAAGAGACGUUUCAUUUUGAAGACAUGUGGAACCACCCUCUUACUGCAAGCACUGAUGCCUCUGCUGGAACUGGCCAGAGAGUACUGUGGCUUUGAUGCCAUCGAGGAUAGGUCAGAGGUUCUAACUCCAUCUCCUCACUACCUACAGAAUUUCUUCUAUUCUCGUAAGAACUUCAUGAAGCCCACCCAUCAGGAGUUCCCUCAUCGGAACUUCCAGGAGGAAGUGGAAUUUCUCAGCCAGAUUUUCCCAAACGGAGCAGCGUACUGCAUGGGACGUUUGAACUCUGAUUGCUGGUACCUGUUUACUCUGGAUUUGCCAGAGUUCUGGGAGAACGAGCAUGCGGAUCAGACGCUGGAAGUUCUGAUGAGUGACCUUGAUCCAGCAAUUAUGGACCAGUUCUUCAUGAAAGACGGUGUUUCUGCAAAUGAUGUCACUCGUAUGAGUGGAAUUCGUGACCUGAUACCAGGUUCUGUGAUUGACGCCACAAUGUUCAACCCUUGUGGCUACUCAAUGAAUGGAAUGAAGACUGAUGGAACUUACUGGACGAUCCACAUCACUCCAGAGCCAGAGUUCUCCUAUGUCAGCUUUGAAACCAACCUCUCUCAGACGUCCUACGAUGAUCUGGUCAGGAAAGUUGUGGACGUGUUUAAGCCAGGAAAAUUUGUGACGACGCUAUUUGUUAACCAGAGCUCCAAAUGUCGCAGUGUCUUUUCUUCCGCCCAGAAACUCGAGGGGUACAAGCGCCUCGACCGCCAGUUGGCCCAAUUCAACGAUUACAAUUUUGUCUUUACUAGUUAUGCCAAGAGCCGCCAGCAGAACCAGCAAAGUUGAGGUUUAAGAAUGAAAAAGAAACGUAAGAAGAAAGGCGACUGCGUAGCAGGGCUCACCCUCUGCGGCUGUCUUUCUGUCCUAGCGGAGAGGCCCACUCCACUCUGCUGCCAUUGUUCAGGAUUUCUUGGCAUCGAGGCCACAGGCCCUAUUAGUUUAAACUCCAGUUUGAAUUGUAUGCAUUGUUGUACCUAUAACUUAGCUCUCUUGCAUGAAAGUUAUUUUUUCUGUUUAGAUAGUCUAGUGCACUCUUGCUGUGAUCUUGAAGUGCAUGUAGAGGAAUUAAACAUGCUCUGUUUGAGGCUGUCCAGCCUGGCCCAGUGCAGCGGCCCCUUCCUGCAGGUCUCCCCCCUCAUUCCCCACAGACAGGGCUUUCGUGCCCACUAGUCCAGGGCCCUGACAUGCUCAGAUGGGUCCACCUCUAUGUGCUUACCGAUUGUAUAAAACAAAUGUUUAAGUUGAAAUGCAAUCUCCCCCCCUUCACUGAUUUGCUGCUUAUUUGAUCUGUUGCAAAAGUGUCCUUUUUUUGAGUGCACUUUAAGAAGUUUUCAGCUCGAGCAGGACUCCUCAGUACCCAAACAAAUGUACAACACUAACUUAUUAUUUAUUUUUUUGGCAUAUUGAAUUUCAAGAUGUUGAUCUUUGCGUGAUUAGAAGCAUGUGAGCUUUGGGCCAUAAUGUUAUUUGUCAUGUUGCAUCAACCUAGUUAAUUAAUUCCUUAAAUCAAAAUGCCUUUGUCAGUGUUUCACUACCAGAGGAUUGGAGAGCGGCUGACUGCUGGGCAAUGUGAUCUAGUUCUUGGCUGUAAACUGCACCGGAGCCAAAAUAAUUAUUGCUAGAAUUGGGUCCCCCCCCCUGUUCAGUCAGCCAUGCUUCUCUCCACCUCGACAAUAAAUUUAGCUGUUGAAUGUGUCCACAAAUAGACAGGCUAAACUUUUCCCAUGCAACAGUAUGCGUUAGUGUACAUUUAAAACAUCAAGUUGGGUACUUCAUGGUAUGGGGUGUGUAAUACAUGUUUACAUUUUACACCAAGGCUCCUAUAUUUAUAAACUGGGUGGUUUGCGCACUCAAUGCUGAUUGGCUGAAAGCUGUGGUAUAUCAGACGGUAUACCACACCCCCUUGUGCCUUAUUGCUUAAGUAUACUGCACCAACAGGAAGCGUCUAGUUCUUGGAAUUCUCAGUCAGUUUAAACACUUCAUUUAUCCAUUAAUAAUUGAAUACAUUAUAAUAAAAAAAGUCCAAACUUGACACUAGAUCAGUCGUGUAAGAACAAAGGCUGUGCCAACUGAAUGUUGAGAAUAGCGGGGCCUGUUGCGGGGCUUUAUCUGAAUGUAAAUGACUCAAGGAGACUCAGUCACCUUGUCGCUGUGGUGUGGGCCAGAACAAUGCCCUCUGCAGUCCAGCAUGGUCAGCCAUUGUCUCCCAGCCCAGCGGGUCUCCCCAUAACACAGUGAGACUCAGCUGGCCCCAGAACCAUGCUUGACAGUGGCACUCCUGGCUGCACCGUGUGGCCCUGAAUGGAAAUAAUGACUCAGACUCUGCUUAGUGCAGCGGUUGCCCAGCAAAGCAUUUCUUUCUUUUUAUAAACAAUGUACAUCCUCUCUCCCCCCUAUACAGGAAUCGGUAAGCACACAAUGGAGGCCCACCAAUCUGAGCAUGCCAGGGUGAUCCCGGAUCAUUCCACACAACUGUUGCAUAAGCCAUUUUAUUAAUUUUAUUGUGCGCAGACAUUUUGCAGUGAAUUGGUCCCAAAUGUGACUCCACUGCAGUUUUUUUUGGAGCACAAUCAAUACCCUUUGUUCAUUGAUGGGGGAAAAUCCUGUGGUGCAUGUGACUACUAGUUCUGUAUUGCUUGACAGUGUAGUGGUGCUGCGGUCUGUUCCUUCUGUGUAGAGUGAUGUGCAUCACCUUCCAGUUUCAUCAGCUCAUGUAGAUGGGACUGGAGCAUCCUGAUGUUUUAUUGAACAGGUGGGUCGGGGUUAAUGUUUAUCUACUUUGCCACCAUAGUGCUGAAGGCAGGCCUUAAUCUAUAUGGUUACUAUACAGAUAUUGAUGUUUAAAAUAUAUAUUUUUUAGGAUGUUGGAUUGUCUUCUCGGGCUGGUCAGUAAAAUUCAUGAUGCUUCCCCUGCCAGUGAAUGCAGAUUGAUUUGAAUUUGCUGACAAACCUGGGGUGGAUAGGGAACAUUUUCUUUUGUUUUUGACUGAUGUUUUUAAAAAUGUAUUUUAAGACUGCCGUUUCUGGCCUGCCUUUAGCAUUUCUGAGCGUUAUAACUUGUGUUGCAUUGCCCCACUGUUAGGAACUGUAAGAUCACGCUAGUUCAGAAAGCUCUUAAAACACCAGAGAAUGGCUCAUUAUAUACACAAGUCUGGACAUCCCUUUAAAUUUGUGCUUUCGGUCAUUUCAGCCACACCUGUUGCUGACAGGUGUGUGUGUGUGCAAUUUGAUACAUUGUACAAUGUCCAUAGACACACAUUGGCUGUAGAAUGGCCUUAACGAAGAGCGCUGACAUUCAAUGUGUCACCGUCGUAGGAUGCCACCUUCCCAACAAGUAAGUUUGUCAAAUUCACAGGACGGCUGAAGUGCGUUUUUUUUAAAUAUAUAUAUAUAUAUCUAUAUCGGUUGCAACACUCACUACAGAGUUGCUUCUAGAGGCAGGUAGGACCGUCAGCACAAGAACCGUUCGUUGGGAGCUUCAUGAAAUGGGUUUCUAUGGACGUACAGCCGUACACAAGCCCAAAAUCACCAUGCACAAUGCCAAGCGUCGGCUGGCCUUUGCCGCCUUUAGAAUAUGGAGUAGUGGAAACGCAUUCUCUGGAGCGAUGACUCAUGCUUAACCAUCUGGGCAGUCCGAUGGACAAAUCUGGGUUUGGCAGAUGCCAGGAGAGCGCUAUCUGCCCCAAUGCAUAGUGCCAACUAAAGUUGGGUGCAGGAGGAAUAAUGGCCAGGGGCUGUUUUUCGUGGUGUGGGAUAGGCCCUUUUAGUUCCAGUAAAGGGGUCGCUUAACUCAAUAGCAUACAAUAACAUUGUAGACUAUUUGCUUCCAACUUUGUGGCAACGGGGGAAGGCCCUUUUCCUGUUUCAGCAUGUCAAAUCCCCCGUGCACAGAGGUCCUUACAGAAAUGGUUUGUCGAUCGGUGUGGUUGAACUUGACUGGUCUGCACAGAGCCUUGACAUCAACCCCAUCGAACACCGUUUUUGGGAUGAAUUGCAACGCUGACUGAGCCAGGCCUUUAGCGCUCAACAUCAGUGUUCGACCUCACGAAUGCUCAUGUGGCUGAAUGGAAGCAAGUUCCCGCAGCAAUGUUCCAACAUCUAGUGGAAAGCCUUCCCUGAAGAGUGGAGGCGGUUUUUUAAAGCAGCAAGGGGGGACCAACUGAAUAUUACUGCCCAUGAUUUUGGAAUGAGAUGUUUUGCGGUGUUCCUGUACUUUUGGUCAUGUAGUGUGAUGGUGUACCGUAGACGACGACAACCGUUUCUCCCCAGGAAGUUAAAAUUGUGACUGACGUUGCAAGGGGACCACUGGAAUUAGUUCAUGUAAGGACCUGGGCAAAGUUGACAAUUGGAAUAUCUUCCCUCCAACAUGUCUGGCUUUUUGGAAUGGUUUCAUUUUUUUCUCUCUUUUUUCUGAGGACCAACCUUUGCCAGGUAUCCUUACCUGCAAUGUCAUUCUUAUGCCUGUAGUGACCAGCCUCCUUUGUGUUCUAAGAGCUGUAGUGACUGGUUUAGGGAAUAGGCACCAGCACAUUUCACAAAAUAACUUUUGGUUACUGUUUUUGGAUGAAGUCAUAUUUAAGACUUGGUGAUCUGCGUAUGGGUUAGUUCUGUUGGUUUGGAACAGUUUUUAGAAGGUAUAUUUUUUUGGGGGGGUGCAAUUUUGCCUACGGACCAACCAUAUUUUGUUUUUGUCCAACCCUUUUUGUUGUAAAACCAGUGUUCCAAACGUAGUUUCUAAAAAAAAAUAUUUGGAUCAUGAAAUUGUUCUUGCCUUACCUUUUUUUAAAUUUUUUAUCCUGUGCUGUGUUUUCUGGGGAAGGGAAAAGUCAAACACCUCCCCUGAUGUGAGGGUGAACUUACAGGAUGUACUGAAGGGAAAACUUUGCUGUUCUAAUUAUUUUGCUAAACUUUGGAUGGUCAAGAUGUGCUAAAUAUAUCUGUACUAUGAGCUUGAUGCUUUAAUAAAUAAAGAUGACUCUUCUGUGUGA